AUGAUUCUGGACAACACUCCUCGCAAGAUGUACACUCGUUGGGCUACCCUUUCUGGUAUGGGAUGGGGUACCAUAUUGCCUGUUCUUACUAACCUCGUUGUCAUUGCUAUCACUUAUGGAGCCAUUGCCCCCUUAGUUCUUGGAUUUGCUACCGUCGGCAUGUUACUCUUCUACCUCUCUUUCCGCUACAACGUCUUGUACGUCAACGACACCGACAUCGACACCAAGGGCAUGAUCUAUCCACGUGCCCUCAAACAGACCCUCGUUGGCUGCUACCUCCUUAUUAUCUGUUUGAUCGGCCUCUUUGCCAUUGGUACUGCCUCUGACAGAUCCGCUACUGGCCCUAUGAUCCUUAUGAUUAUCUUCUUGGUGUUCACCAUUCUUUACCAUGUCUCCCUGAUCAAUGCUGUGAACCCACUUCUCAAUUAUCUGCCAAAGAAUCUCGAGGCCGUCGAACAGCAGCACCAGGCUCUUCUCGCCCAGAACAACAAUGGCCAGCCUGCCCACAAUGGUGAUGUCGAGAAGGGUGAUGUUCGUGGUGCUACUAACCAACCAAACAUGGUCGCUAAAUUCCUUGGACUGAACAAGUAUGAGGGCUACGAGCAGCUUCGCGAACUCGUCCCCCACGGUGCCUAUGACACCGACUACCCAGCCGAAGUGGAGAGAAACGCAUACUAUCAUCCCUCCAUCACUGCUACUGCACCCCUCCUCUGGAUUCCCCGUGAUGCUGCCGGCGUCUCUCGCCAGGAAGUCGUUCACACCAGCCGUUACAUUGGUAUCACUGAUGAAGACGCCACCAUUAACGACAAGGGCAAGAUUGCCUGGGAUGAAGAAAGAGGUGCUCCUCCUAUCCAAGAGGAGAAGAUCUACUACUAG